AUGGAAAAGAAACCACACUUUGUGAGGAGGGAAUUCCCUCCCAGGGAGGUGUCCUCCAUCUCGUUGGCAUUACUGCUUGCUGCUGUCCUGCUCCUUAAUACCCUUCUCUACCUGUACCUCAACAAGUUUUACGUCUCUUCGGGACGUGCUGAAAUGGACUCCAGUCUCUGCUCUUUCGGGUACUUCAAAUUAGGAGCUGUGAAGAAUUGUUCCCCAUGGCUCUCCUGCGAAGCCAUAAAUAGGGAAGUCAGGAAACUCAAGUGUGUUGGUGAAGGCGCUGUGAAAAAGGCCUUCCUUUCCGAGUGGAAGGAAAACAAAGUGGUCCUUUCACAGCUCACCAACUCAGAGAUGAAGGAGGACUUUCUCCAUGGUCUGAAGAUGCUGAAAGCACUUCAAAGCAAGCAUGUCGUCCGCCUGCUUGGCUACUGUGAACAGCAGUUCACAAUCCUCACCGAGUACCAUCCUCUGGGCUCCCUGAGGGGCCUGAAUGAGACUCUCCAUAUCCCCAAGUACAAAGGCAUGAACACCUGGCAUCGCAGGUUGAUGCUUGCUAUAGACUAUGUCAGCAUCAUUCGGUACCUACACAGCAGCCCUCUGGGCACCUUAGUCAUGUGCGACUCGAAUGACCUGGACAAGGUCCUCUCUCAGUAUCUCCUAACAAGUGACUUUCAUGUCCUGGUGAAUGAUUUGGACGCUUUGCCUCUUGUGAACAGGAGUGCCGGCAGGCUGGUGAAGUGCGGUCAUCGGGAGCUCCAGGGGGAGUUUGUAGCUCCUGAGCAGCGUUGGCCCUAUGGAGAAGAGGUGCCAUUUGAGGACGACCUCAUGCCCCCCUAUGAUGAGAAAACAGACAUCUGGAAAAUCCCGGAUGUCUCCAAUUUUUUCUUGGGCCAUGUUGAAGGAAGUGACAUUGUGCGACUGCACUUGUUUGACAUCCAUGCAGCAUGUAAGAAGAAGGACCCGGCUGAAAGGCCUUCUGCCCAAGAGGUCUUGGACACCUACAGGAAAGUUUUAACUCUGCUUAUUCGGGAGGCGGCCAUGCCUGGUACUAGGGAAAUGUUAUAG